AUGACUCAAUCAAACAAGACUACAUCUUCUGAACAAAUGAAUGAAGAUAAUCGAAUGGGUCCAUUUGUUGUCGAACCUAAAUAUGAUUGUCCUCAUUUGGGUGACCGUGCUUAUAUCUUACUUCAACCAAAUCAAACAAAUGAAAAUCAACAACCACCAUGUACUGAUUGUAAUAAAACACAAGAAAAUUGGGCUUGUCUACAUGAAAAUUGUGAAUUUGUUGGUUGUUCUCGCUAUCACCAAAAACAUAUGUUAAAACAUCAUGAAACAACUGGACAUAAUAUUUGUCUGAGUUUCUCAGAUAACUCAGUUUUCUGCUAUGCGUGCGAUAGUUAUAUCGACAGUCCACAAUUACAAGGACUUAGUGUGCAACUCAGUCGUCGUGGACGAUAA